AUGACAGAUCAAUCGAUAUUCAAUCGAUUUAAUUCAAAUGAAACACCGUAUGUUGCUUUCCAAGACGAUAACGAUGACAAUGAAGAAAACGAUACAUCAGACAGUUACAUUUUACAAAAAAGACAACGACAUCAACAUAAUCCCUCAUCAGCUUCUGCCUCAUCAUCACAAAGACCUAAUACAUCUUCCCGUGCACCACAAAGAUAUCAACAAAUACCUACCAAAGAACUUGAUGAAGAUUCAGACAUUGAUAGUAAUGAAGCACCGCCUUCUUUGAUAAUUGAAACGCCUCCUGCUCAACAACAACCACCACCAUCACGUGCAAGGUCUAUUGCAUCUCAUAGAUCUGGUGGGGGUGAUAUUAAAGAACAGACGAUGUGGAAAUGGGCUAAUGUAGAAAAUCUUGAUGUGUUUUUUGAACGUGUUUAUGCAUAUUAUAUUGGAAAAGGAUUAUAUUGUAUUUUACUAAGUAGAUGUUUAAGUUUGUUAACUAUAGCAUUUGUUAUCGGAUUUUCAACAUUUUUAUUCGGAUGUGUAGAUUAUUCAUUAGUAAGGAAUAGUAAAAGUUUAUCGCAAGUAAUAAUACCAAAUUGUGUCAGAUUUUCAAAGCUGUUCCUUCUAGUAUUUAGUGGUUUUUGGAUUAUUCAAGUUGUUAGAUUUGUAUUGGAUAUUAAGAAAUUACUCGACAUGUACAACUUUUAUACUUAUCUUCUCGAAAUACCAGAUGCAAUCGUUAAUCAAAUAAUAAAAAUCAAAAAAAAUAAUCCAAUGACAUCAAACACUAAUCAAGGUUCUCAUGAACGUUUAGAUGCACACAAUAUAACAAAUAGGAUAAUGAGACAAGAGAAUUAUCUAAUAGCUUUAUUUAAUAAAGAAUAUUUAAAUUUAACUGUUCCUAUUCCAUUUAUUGAGCGAAGACAAUUUUUAACCAAAGCUUUAGAAUUCAAUUUAAAUUAUUGCAUUUUAAAUUAUGUUUUUAAUGAUCAAGGACAAGUCAGAAAAAUAUUUAUUAAAGAUGGCAAAAGAAACGAGUUAAUCGAAGAAGAGUGGACAUCAUAUGCAAAAUGGAAGUUUAGAGAGUUCAAUGAAUUGCCACAUUUAUUUCAACAAAGAUUAGAUAAAAGUUAUAAAGCUGCUAACAAAUACAAUGAUCAAUUUCCAAAAGAAAAAACGAUAUUGAUAACUCGUUUUGUGCUUUUUAUUGUCGGAUCACUUACAGCAGUAUUGUUGAUAGCUUCAUAUAUAGAUCCUGAAUUAUUUAUUAAUUUUGAUGUAACACCUGGUAUGACGGUAUUUUCUUAUACCGGAAUCUUUGUGCCAAUUCUAGCCAUUAGCCGCGCAAUGAUUCAUGAUGAACACAUGGUUUAUGAACCUGAAGCCAGAUUACAAAAAGUUGUCGAUUAUAUUCAUUAUUCGCCUGUUAAAUGGAAAGAAAAGUUACAUACCGAUGAAGAUAUUGUAGAUUUCUUUCGUGAAUUCACUGUGCAUGUUGACGAUAUUGGUUAUGUGUGUAGUUUUGCAGUUUUUGAUUUCAAAAAACAUGGAGAUGUCAAGUAUGGUGCACCAACAGAAGCACAUAACGAGUAUUAUGUUUCAAAGGAUGGGAAGAUGGAAAAGAGUUUUUUGAACUUUAAAGCAAAUCAUCCGGAUUGGGAACCAACUGAUCCAACAGGGUCCUUAUUUCUUAGUAAGAUGGCUGAUUUUAAUAAUCAAAUCAUUCAAGAGCAAUAUGGUCAUCAUCAACGAUCUUAUAGCACUAGUAACAAUAUCCGUAGUUCUGUGAUGGAUUCCAUACUUAAACCUCAUAAUAGAAAAGGCAGUAAUAAUGUUCACUUUGAAAUACCCAAUAGCAACGAUUAUAAUAAUAUAUCCUCAUCGUCAGCAAGAUAUUAUAACAAUAAUGAUAUGGACUAUACUGACGCUACAGACAAAAAACCAUCUAAUGUUGACGACGACGAAGAAAAUGUUGCUACUGGAUUUGCAAGUGAAUUGGGAGAUUCAUACCUUUUAACUGCUAAUAAAAUAAAUAAUACUAUGAAUCAAAUGUUCGAUUCAAUAGAACAUGAGGACAGACCACGUAAUGGAGGUGUAAUGGGUUUAUUAAAUCAAUUCUAUGAUCUCAAUAAUUCUUCUGUGUAA